AUGAGGGAACACAGGAUAUCAGGAUUAAAAAUUGCUCCUGAAAGUCCUACUCUGUCACAUCUCUUUUUUGCAUAUGACACAUUAAUCUUCUGUAGAGCAUCUAAAGAAGAAGUAGGUAAGGUCAAACAGCUGCUAGAGAUAUAUGGAGAGGAAUCAGGACAACGUAUAAACACAGAGAAAUCAUUUGUGCUAUUUAGCAAGAACACGGAAGAGAGCAGCAUUGAGAAGAUUCUGAAUGCGUUGGGAGGAAUGAAACAAGUGAGGCAGAGUAAAUACUUGGUGCUUCCUAUGAUAAUUGGGAGAUCUAAGAAACAUGUUUUCAAAUAUAUAAGAGAAAAAGUGAAUAGUAGAAUCAAUGGAUGGAAGGAAAAACUGCUAAGCCAAGCUGAGCUGAUUUGGAAAGCUUCUCCAAUACAGUGGGAUGGACUACUGGAGUUCAGGAAAAGCUUUUGGCUAUGGUGGAACAAUCUAAUGGAGGCAAAGGAGAGAGGUGCAGGAAGGGAACAUAUUUGCCUUGUAGUGAGUAUACUAUGGCAAAUAUGGAAGUCUAGGAAUCGAACUCAGUUUAACAGAGAGGAAGCAUGCCAAGGGAGAACAGUGCUAAAGGUAGUUAAUGAGUGGAAUGAAUAUGAUUCAGCUCAACAAACAGAUAAAGAGGUUAAGAUAGAAGAAAGGGAGCAGUAG